UCCGGAAAGGAGAAAGGGGGAAGGGCUCGGGGAGGAGCGAGCUGGCUGCAGAGGCGGUGGCUCUCCCCGCCCCACGACCCAGGCACAGCCGGGCCGGCUGGGGAGCCCCAGCCCGAGUCGCGGCCGCUGUGGGAGCGCAAGGGGGACGCGGAGCGCUCAGACUGCGCGCUGGGGCCGACCCGGCCCGGCCUAGGGAUCCGCACUAGCCGCGGGAGAGAGGCGGCUUCAGAGUCGGAGGCAGAGCCGGGCCCGGCAGGAGCCAGCUCUCGCCACCCAUGGCCUCCGCCCGCUGAGCCCACCUGGCUUUUCGUGGGGGAGCGGGGUGGGGUGUGGAAGAGCACCCCACCCCAGCGGGGGCUGGCCAUGGGCAGCCCCUACGAAGACUACCUGAAUCCCCACAAGGUGUUUGAACACUACAACUUCACCAAGGAGACCCCGGCCCCCCCAGACACGCCGUCCCGCCAGGCGGCCUCGGCUUUCAUCGUCCUGCUGUGCUGCGCCAUCAUCCUGGAGAACCUGCUGGUGCUGGCCGCCGUGGCUCGGAACAGCAAGUUCCACUCGGCCAUGUACUUGUUCCUGGGCAACCUGGCGGCCUCGGACCUGCUGGCGGGCGCGGCCUUCAUCGCCAACACGCUGCUGUCGGGCCCGCGGACGCUGCAGCUGACGCCGCUGCUCUGGUUCGUCCGAGAGGGCACGGCCUUCAUCACGCUCUCGGCCUCCGUCUUCAGCCUGCUGGCCAUCGCCAUCGAGAGGCACGUGGCCAUCGCCAAAGUGAAGGUGUACGGCAGCGACAAGAGCUGCCGGAUGCUGCUGCUGAUCGGGGCCUGCUGGGUGAUCUCGCUGGCGCUCGGGGGGCUGCCCAUCCUGGGCUGGAACUGCCUGGGCCGGCUGGACGCCUGCUCCACCGUGCUGCCGCUCUACGCCAAGUCCUACGUGCUCUUCGUGGUGACCGUCUUCACGGCCAUCCUGCUGGCCAUCGUCGCCCUCUACGUGCGCAUCUACUGCGCGGUGCGCUCCAGCCACGCCGAGCUGGCCGGGCCCCACACCUUGGCCCUCCUGAAGACGGUGACCAUCGUCCUGGGCGUCUUCAUCGUCUGCUGGCUGCCGGCCUUCAUCGUGCUCCUGCUGGACACCUCCUGCCCCGUCCGGGCCUGCCCCGUGCUCUACAAAGCCCACUACUUCUUUGCCUUCGCCACGUGCAACUCUCUGCUCAACCCGGUCAUCUACACGUGGCGCAGCAGAGACCUGCGGCGGGAGGUGCUCCGGCCCCUGUGCUGCUGGGGGCCGCGGACGCGCCAGGACCGAGGGGGGGCCCCCAGCCGCUGCCUCCUGCCCCUCCGGAGCUCCAGCUCCCUGGAGCGGGGAACGCACAUGCCCACGUCGCCCACCUUCAUGGAGGGGAACACGGUGGUGUGAGGGGGUGGCUGUCAGCAGGUGCAUCUUGGGAACCACAACGGGGUCUCGGGGCAAGAGGGGCCGGGGAUGGGAGGUGAGACAAAACGCUCUUUCCCAAAAGCCUGAUGUCAGAGUGGAGAGCUGUAAGGAGCUGAGGUGGUUCCCACUGCCCAGGUAGCGCCUCCUGUUUGCUACCCCCCUUCCUUGUUCCUUCCCUUGUGUAAAUAGCUAAUGCCUUUAAUUUCCAUUUUUCCAGUUUCUGCAGGGCUCAGGGACUCCUCCCUCUCUGUCCUUCCAACUGCACAAGUCCACAGCUUCCCCAAAUCUGACAGCUGACAGUUAUAGCUCCUUCCUUUCCUCACCCCACCACAUGCUGGGAAAUCACAAGAUGGGAAGGGGGAGGGUGCAAGCCCCAUUCUGGGCUUCUGUGGCUAAGUACACUGCUGGAGGGAGGUGGGGAAUGAAGGGAGAAGAAGCUGAAGUUCCAGACUUGAUGUGGAGGAUUGGGGGAACAGGGAGGAGGCCCAUCUGUGGAAGGCCUCCCCCCAGGAGCCAGGUUCCCCCUCAGGUCUUCCCUGUCAUCUCCUCCCCCCCCCCAUCACUGGUUAGACCGGUUUGGGGAGUAGGGGAGUACUCCUGACAUCCCAGAUUAGAGGUGAAAAAAACUGGGAUUAGCUCUUGUGGGGGUCACAGGCUACUCUCACCAGGGACCCCCAGAGCCAGGUUCCCCCUGCAGGUCUUCUGUCAUCUUCCCCCCCUCCCUGGUUAGAGCAGUCUGGGGAGGAGGGGAGUACUCCUGACAUUCCAGACUGGGCUUAGUUCUUGUGGGGGUCACAUGCUAUGUUCACCAGGGACCCCAAGUUCAGUCUUCCUUCUGUCCUCGUGGCUUGCCUCCCCAUUUAUUCAUUCUUUGCCCACCCCUACAAGCUAUCAUUUCCUGUAGAACACUUCCAACCCUAGCUGACUGGCUAUUACCCAGUUCAAGUUCUAUUGAAUGGGAGUUGGAAGAAUGAAUGCCCUGAGGCUUGCUGUCCUUCCACACCCCCUAAAUCCACAGAAAAAAAUCUGGUAUCCUGUGGAUGAAAGGGAACCAAACGGUACAAAUGAAAAUGUAUAUUUAUAUCUGUGAGAGCAUAUGCUUUUGCGUGUGUGUGUGUGUGUGUGUGUGUGUGUGUGUGUGUGUGUAUAUGUCUCCAUCCCCCCACCCCUUUGUUUUUUCUCAGUGACUUGUAAUUUUAAUGUUCCACAUUUUUGUUUCUCUGGUCUUUGUUGAAGUAACCCAAGGGGAGGGAGAAACAGUUCUCUCCUUCCGGUCCUAAGGCUCCUGAAUGACUAGAAAGUCAUUCCCAUUGGGGGUGGGAUCAGGAUCUCACCCGGACCCUGUUGUCACUAAUGGGCAAAAAGGUUCUCAAGGGACUCUGAGACUUUUUACCAAAGACAAUUGCAAUGAAGAAAAAAAGGGGGGAGAGGGACAGACUACGGACCAUGUCUGCCUUGGGAAAUCCCAAAUAGCUCUCCCUUCCCAAAGAGCCCGACCUUGGAUUGAUUAAAAUAGUUCAGUUUGACUUCUC